AUGUCUAACAUAGAAAGGCAGCCAUUUUUAAAAGGGGUAAAGCCCUUAAGUUAUUCCAAAGCAGGGCUAAUUGGCCCCAAUGAGAGCGCAACAGAUGAGCCAGAGGAGAUUAUAGAUGCUGACUCACACACCAGACUUUAUCAGACUAGGAAAAAAGAACAGCAUAUUGACAUAUUAGGGGUAUAUGUCCCCAUGAAAGCGCUGAAUAUUUGCUUGGCUAUAUUCUCUGUGCUAUUUAAUGUUGCUAUGAACAUUACCUUACCAUUAUAUUCUCAAGCUGUUAAUAGAGCCAAGGGUGAUGAAUACAAUGUGCUCCUGUUCUCUGCAUUCUGGUUUCCUAUCAUCUUCUACAUUAUGGUGGCUUUUAUCAAAAUCUUCAUUGACAGGGACAUGCCAAUAUUGCCCACAUCUAAAUGGUACCAUGUAGUGAUGGUUGGAUCAUUUAAUGGACUGAAUGGAUUAUUGGUUGUGUAUGCUAGUGACCCAUCACGUACGCCUCCAUAUCUGCAGGCUGUUCUGGCCACAACCAUUAUUCCAUACACAGUUAUUGCAAGACUUGUCAUUCGCAGAAUAGGGGUCAGUUUCAAGAGAUUUGUAUGCACUGGUGUGGUUCUGGUUGGGCUAUUUAUCUGUUCUGAGCCACAGAUAUUUGGCAUCGAUAUGCCAGGGGGGAACAGUGGGGACCCAGGGGCACCUAUGACAUCAAGAUUCUUCUGGCCAGUUAUAUUUGCCCUUGGCUUUCUCCCAGUUGGAAUCCUGAAUGUCAUCAUAGAGAUUGCCAUGAAGAAAGAUGAGGCUGAAUCUAUGACAUUUAUAGCUGCUUGCCAGGUGUUCAACUUUCUCACUAUUGUAGCUUUCUUCUGGACAGACUUUAUACCAGGAUUUGGUCAGGCUAAUUCUCCAGCAGAAUUUGUAGACCGUCUUCACACAAGUUUGCUCUGCCAUUUUGGUGCGGAUGAAACAUGCCUUGAUGUCCUUGGGCGCAGUUGGCUGUUCAUCUUCUCCUAUGUCCUUGCCAACAUGUUCCAGUUCCUUUUAAUCCGUUAUGCUGAAGGCGCCAUCUAUGCUGUAAUUGUGACUGCGCUAGUGACACCUUUAGGAACACUAUGGUGGACAUUAUUCCAAAGUUCACCUGAGUUUGCCUGGGGCCCAGUGUUUAAUGAAACUACAGUGUUUACCCUGCUUGGAUUAUCUAUAAUGAUGCCUGGUGUCAUAAUGUACAACUAUUUUAGUCAGCAGGAAGCAAAAGAGAAAGAACAAAUGAGUCAAUCAACUAGACUUCAGCAGCCCUAG